AUGAAGCUCUUGUCCUCUUGGGCCAUUGCCUAUCUGGCAGCCCAGGCUGCUGGUGCUGCCAUUAGCCAUUCGUUGAAUGGCUUUACUAUCACCGAGCAUCCCGAUCCAGCUAAGCGGGAAUUGCUCCAGAAACAUAUCACUUGGGACGACAAGUCUCUCUUUGUCAAUGGCGAGAGGAUCAUGAUCUUCAGUGGUGAGAUUCACCCAUAUCGUCUACCUGUUCCAUCGUUAUGGAUUGAUGUGCUCCAAAAAGUCAAGGCUUUGGGAUUUAAUUGCGUUUCUUUCUAUAUUGAUUGGGCUCUGCUGGAAGGUAAGCCAGGUCAUUAUACUGCCGAGGGAGUCUUCGCUCUGGAGCCAUUCUUCGAGGCUGCCAAAGAGGCCGGCAUUUAUCUUCUGGCCCGCCCUGGUCCGUACGUCAAUGCUGAGGUAUCGGGUGGUGGUUUCCCGGGAUGGCUUCAGCGCGUGAAUGGAACUCUGCGAUCCAGCGAUGAAGACUACCUGAAGUCAACGGACAACUAUAUUGCCAAUGUUGCCGCGACCAUAGCCAAGGGUCAAAUCACCAAUGGAGGACCUGUCAUUCUUUACCAGCCCGAGAACGAGUACAGUGGUGGUUGCUGUGGAUAUGACGAUUUCCCAGACGGAGCUUAUAUGCAAUACGUGGAGGACCAGGCUCACAAUGCUGGAAUUGUCGUGCCUUUUAUUAGCAACGAUGCCUGGGGUGGCGGCCACAAUGCUCCUGGAACUGGCGAGGGUGAAGUGGAUAUCUACGGCCACGAUAGCUACCCUCUCGGCUUUGACUGCGCGAACCCUUCUACCUGGCCAGAGGGUAAUCUGCCCACAGAUUUCUAUAAGACACACAUGGAGCAGAGUCCUUCUACCCCAUACUCUCUGGUUGAGUUCCAAGCUGGUGCCUUUGACCCCUGGGGAGGUGUUGGGUUCGCCAAGUGUGCUGCCCUCCUGAACCACGAGUUCGAGAGAGUGUUUUACAAGAACAGUCUCGGCUUCCGAGUUGCAUUCUUCAACCUGUACAUGACCUUUGGUGGUACCAACUGGGGUAACCUGGGCCACCCCGGUGGAUACACAUCCUAUGACUAUGGUGCCCCGAUUACUGAAUCUCGCAACGUCACCCGCGAGAAGUACAGCGAGCUGAAGCUGAUUGGCAACUUUGCUAAAGUGUCACCGGCCUACCUUCUAACAACACCGGGAGAGUUGACUACUUCCAAGUACACCACCUCACCUGAUCUGGCCGUGACUCCCCUGCUCGGAGGCAAUGACACCGCUUCUUCCUUCUUCAUUGUCCGACACUCCGACUACUCGAGCCAAGCCUCUGUUGACUAUAAGCUCAAGGUUACUACUAGCGCCGGCGAUUUGACUAUUCCCCAGCUUGGCGGAAGCCUUACUCUCAGCGGCCGUGAUUCCAAGGUUCAUGUCGUUGACUAUGAUGUGGCGGGCACCAACAUCCUGUACUCCUCCGCUGAGGUGUUCACCUGGACAACGUCUGGUAAAUCCAAAAUUCUUGUGCUGUACGGCGGCCCCGGCGAGCACCACGAGUUGGCUGUCUCUUCCAAGUCGAAGGCAUCGGUUAUUGAAGGGUCAUCGUCAAGCAUCACCACUAAGCAGGUGGGCAAGACCGUUGUUAUCGGUUGGGACGUCUCCACCACUCGCCGUAUCGUGCAACUUGGUGAUCUGCAGAUUGUUCUUCUGGAUCGGAACUCUGCCUACAACUACUGGGUCCCUCAGCUUCCAGCCAAGGGAGAAAGCCCUGGCUAUAGCACCCAAAAGGCCGCCGCCGAGUCUCUGAUCAUCAAGGCCGGCUACCUCGUGCGGACUGCUUAUGUGAAGGGCAAUGACCUUCAUAUCACUGCUGAUUUCAAUGCCACCACCCCGAUUGAGGUGCUUGGCGCCCCAUCCAAAGCCAAGAACCUGGUUAUCAACGGCAAGAAAGCAAAUUUCAAGGUCGACAAGAACGGAAUCUGGUCCAGCAGCGUCACUUACACAGCACCGAAGGUUCAGCUUCCCACUCUAAAGACUCUGAAGUGGAAGUCUAUUGAUUCUCUUCCCGAGCUCCAAAGCUCAUACGAUGACUCCAAAUGGGUUUCCGCAGACCAGGCCACCCAAAAUAGCAUGAAUCCACUCAGGACCCCAACCUCGCUGUACGCCUCUGACUAUGGCUUCCACACCGGAUACCUCAUCUACCGGGGUCACUUCGUCGCAACUGGCAACGAGAAGACUUUCUUCGUGCAGACUCAAGGUGGCACCGCAUUCGGCAGCUCCGUAUGGUUGAACGAGAAUCACAUAGGAUCAUGGGCCGGAGAAUCCGUCGACAACAACCACAACGGAACCUACGCGCUACCAACUCUGAAGAAGGGCAAGUCGUACGUGCUCACCGUCGUGCUGGACAACAUGGGCCUAGACGAAAAUUGGGUCAUCGGCGUAGACGAGAUGAAGUACCCCCGCGGUAUUCUGAACUACGAACUGUCCGGCCGCUCUGCGAGUGACAUUACCUGGAAGCUGACCGGCAACCUGGGCGGCGAGGAUUACCUGGACAUCGCACGCGGCCCGCUCAAUGAGGGUGGUCUCUACGCCGAGCGCCAGGGCUUCCACCAGCCCAAGCCGCCGACCGAGAGCUGGAAAUCUGGCAGCCCAUUCGACGGUCUGUCGGCGCCUGGAAUCAAGUUCUACAGUGCAAGCUUCGAUCUGAAUGUGGAGAAGGGAUGGGAUGUUCCUAUGUACUUUGACUUCGGGAACAGCACUUCCUCGCCCGCGGCUUACCGUGCUCAGCUCUAUGUCAACGGAUUCCAGUAUGGAAAGUAUGUGAACAACAUUGGUCCCCAGACCAGCUUCCCUGUUCCCGAGGGUAUUCUCAACUACCGGGGUACCAACUAUUUGGCUUUGAGUCUGUGGGUGCUUGAGCCGAAUGGUGCUAAGCUGGAGAGCUUUGACAUGAUCCAUACUACUCCUGUUCUGACUGCUCUAGAUGAGGUCAAGUCAGUUGAGCAGCCGCAGUAUAAGAAGCGCAAGGGAGCUUAUUAG